AGUAGUAGAAGAGAUCGACGGAAAAACUUGGAGAAAAUGCUAAAAUCUUCGUUAUUACUCCUUUUGGGCUUCGCGAUGACGCCACCUGGGUGCGCUACGGUUGCUCAGCCUAUAAUGUGUCGCCCGCAAUCGCAGCGCAACAUCAUCUUUCCCAAGGAGACCUUCGACGAAUGCUUUCUGGAUGAAGAACAGAAGAUUCCAGGAACCUGUAAACUGCUGCAGGAUUGCCCCGCUGCCCUAAAGCAAGCAAUGCCCAAGACCUGUUACUUUGUCAAAUUCGAUCAGUAUGUGUGCUGUGCCUCCAACUCGUGCCAACCAAAGGUCCUAUUUGCUGUGGGUGGCCAUCCGACCCUACCCCGGGAGUUUCCCUUUAUGGCCGCCCUCGGCUGGCGCUCCAACUUCGAUCAAAGCAUUUACUAUCGCUGUGGCGGCAGUCUCAUAGCGCCCAAUUUCGUGCUCACAGCGGCGCACUGCAUCGACUUUGGUGGACAGAGGCCCGUAAUAGUGCGACUAGGCGGCGAUAAUCUGACCGUUAGCAUGGAUGCAGUUCAUCACGAUUAUCGAAUCCGUCGUAUAUUUAUCCAUCCCGGCUACAACGAGAAUACCGCCUACAAUGAUAUUGCGCUGCUUGAGCUGGAAGGGCACGUGCCACCCAUUCUACGGCCCGUCUGUCUCUGGCAGGAUGCGAAGUUGGCCAAGAAGGAUCUGAUUGCCGUUGGCUACGGGCAGAUAAGCUUUGCGGGUCUCUCCUCGUCGCAGUUGCUCAAGGUGGAUCUACAGCACAUCAGCAACGACCAGUGCCGAGAAUACUACUCACGCGAACAGCUACCCAAGGGCCUGGCUGCCAGCCAAGUGUGUGCCGGCGACUUGAGCGGCAAGGCUGACACCUGCCAGGGUGACUCCGGUGGGCCGCUGGUCAUGAGACUUGAUGGCAGCACAUGGUAUCUGGUGGGCAUCACGUCGUUGGGCCAGGGCUGUGCCAUCGGCCCGCCCAGCAUCUAUACGCGCGUGUCCAGCUAUUUGGACUGGAUCGAGAGCAUUGUCUGGCCCCAGUCGGAGGAUCAGACAGUGGAUCCCACGUUCGAUCUGCGCAUAUCCUUCUGAGAGCUGAGUGCCGGGAAGUCACAGCUCUCGCUUGGGAACGACCCACAUUCAUUCAAUAAGCGGGAAUUUACCGCUGAUUCAUCUAUUUUCAAACGUUACUCAAGCGGCAAGUCUGUGCUUCACCGAUCAAUCAAU